UAGUGUAGUCCGCCGGACUCCAGCAUGAGCGCGACGGGAGUGAGGAUGGUGACCAGGAGCCGCAGCCGGGGCCCGGGGGCCGGGCCCCUGGGGGGCGGGGCGAAGGCCGCGCCGCUCCGGAGGGGAGAGGCGGCUGCAGAAGGAAGGAAGAGCCACAGCCCUGCAAGGCAUCAGCGGAAGACGCAAAAACUGAAUGUGGCCUACGAGGCCUCAGAUCACCAGGAAGGAGAAGACACCAGACCCCUCAGGGCACCAAGCUGGGAGCCCCAGGACUGGCGGCAGCAGCUGCUCAACAUCCGCACCAUGAGGAGCGGGAAGGACGCACCCGUGGACUGGCUGGGGGCUGAGCACUGCUAUGACUCCAGCGCACCCCCGAAGGUGCGGAGGUACCAGGUGCUGCUGUCCCUGAUGCUCUCCAGCCAGACCAAGGACCAGGUGACAGCAGGUGCCAUGCAGCGACUGCGGGCUCGGGGCCUGACAGUGGACAGCGUCCUGCAGAUGGAUGACAACACGCUGGGCACGCUCAUCUACCCUGUCGGCUUCUGGAGGAACAAGGUGAAGUACAUCAAACAGACCAGUGCCAUCCUGCAGCAGCGCUAUGGAGGAGACAUCCCGGCUUCUGUGCCCGAGCUGGUGGCACUGCCAGGCGUUGGACCCAAGAUGGCACACUUGGCCAUGGCCGUGGCCUGGGGUACCGUGUCAGGCAUUGCGGUGGACACGCACGUGCACAGAAUUGCCAACAGGCUCGGGUGGACCAGGACGGCGACCAAGGCCCCGGAGAAGACCCGCGCUGCCCUGGAGGAGUGGCUGCCCCGGGAGCUGUGGAGUGAGAUCAACGGACUGUUGGUGGGCUUCGGCCAGCAGACUUGUCUGCCCGUCCACCCACGCUGCCAGGGCUGCCUCAACCGGACGCUGUGCCCGGCCGCACAGGGCCUCUGAGGACCACAAAGCCGUGGCCCCGUACGCUGUUCUGGGUAGGCACUGUGUGCUUUUGCUGGGGAGCCCCAUCCUGUUUAUAAUAAAGCUUGGGAGUUGUUUGCA